GGCCCGGGAAGGCCGGAAGCGCUGCUGCGAGGGGCUGGCGGAGCGGGCGCUGCCCGCUUUACUGCCUGUCUACUUUUUGGAAGACUUCAGUCUGCUUGCUACAGCUGCUAACCCUUCUUUGUGGCUUAUAGUAAUUGACACAGACAUACCAGGUAGCAAACUGGUUGCAGGCUCUCUUACCCUUAAGAUGUGUAAUGGAACACAUUCCUUCCAAGCAAAAGAUACAAAUGUAAGGCCUUUUCAGACAUGGAGCACUUGACCCACCUGCUGCAGUGGUGACAUCGCUGCCACCGUGGUUAGAAGUGAGAUCUGACCCCUGCAAAAGGAAGGAGUGAAUGUUAGCCCAAGAAAUAGCAGUUAUAUUGCAUUGUUUCUCCCUGGCAACUCAAAUAGGCAUUGCCAAUGGAUGAACUUGUGCAUGACUUGGCGUCAGCCUUAGAACAGACUUCAGAGCAAAACAAGCUGGAUGAACUAUGGGAAGAGAUGGCCUUAAGCCCGCGGCAGCAGCGACGCCAGCUUCGCAAGAGACGGGGUCGCAAACGACGCUCAGACUUCACGCAUCAGGCAGAGCAUGCCUGCUGCUACAGUGAGGCCUCGGAGUCGAGCUUGGAUGAAGCUGUGAAGGAUUGCCGUGAGGUGCUGACAGCCAAUUUCAGUGACUCUGAUGACAUGGCAGCGGUCAAACGACAUCCAGCUCUCAGUGCCACCCUGAGGAGCAAGCAACACUCGUGGCAUGAGUCAGACUCCUUUACAGAGAAUGCACCCUGCCGGCCUCUUAGGCGCCGCCGGAAAGUCAAACGUGUGACAUCAGAAGUGGCUGCCAGCCUCCAGCAAAAGCUCAGGGUGUCAGAGUGGAACUAUGAGAGGGGCUGCAGGUUUAAGUCAGCAAAGAAGCAGCGUCUUUCGCGCUGGAAGGAAAAUGCCCCGUGGACGUCAUCCAGUCGUGGCCUUUGUGAAUCGGGAGAGAACAGACCCUUCCUCAGCAAGGGGGGAAGGAAGGAGCGGAUGGAGUGUGAAGCUGAUGAACAGAAGCAGGGCUCAGAUGAAAAUAUGUCUGAAUGUGAAACCAGCAGUGUAUGCAGCAGCAGUGACACCGGGCUAUUUACCAACGAUGAGGGCCGCCAAGGAGACGAUGAGCAGAGUGAUUGGUUUUAUGAAGGAGAAUGUGUCCCAGGAUUCACUGUCCCCAACCUUCUUCCCAAGUGGGGAGCUGACCACCGAUCUGAAGUGGAACGGAUUGACUCAGGCCUGGACAAGCUCUCAGAUUCCACGUUUCUCUUACCCUCACGACCAGCUCAAAGAGGAUUUCACGCUCGCCUGAACCGCCUUCCAGGAGCUGCUGCCCGUUGUCUUCGGAAAGGUCGAAGGAGGCUCGUUGGCAAGGAGACCUCCAUCAGCACUGUGGGCACCGAGAGGCUAGGUCAUGUUAGUGACCCGCGCCAGAAAGAAAAGAACAAAAUGCUGGCUUCUGAUUUCCCUCACACCGUGGCCUUUGCACAUGAGUUCAAUCCGUUAUCUCCUCUGUACUCUCUGGAUGUGCUUGCUGAUGCUUCCCACCGAAGAUGCUCACCAGCACACUGCACUGCCAGGCAAGCAAAUGUACACCUGGGACCACCGUGCUCAAGGGACAUCAAGAGAAAACGAAAGCCAGCUGCAGCCUCCAUGUCCAGCCCAACGUCAGCAACUUUAUCUGUGCAGAUGGAUGCUGCAGAGUCAGACCUACCAGCAACACCACCAUCCCCGAGAUCCCAGAACCCUGAGUGGACAGGGAAAAUACCAGCACCUGAGAAAGCCACAAUUGCUGCCUCCACUAACUUUUUUAAAAUGCCACCAGAGAAGAGCCCUGGAUACAGCCAAAAGGAAGCAUUGCAACUGUAAAAGCUUGCUGGAUUUUGGACGUAUUUGACUCUGGUGUGUGUCUCCACCAAACAUCUUGUUUGGCAAUAGACAUAUCCUCAGUAUUGGCGCGUGAUGUGCGCCAUUACCCAGACAGAAUCUGUGUUUAAAAACAGGUAACGAGUGUUGGGACUGCAGUGACUGUUUAAAAUGUUCUUGCUGUUGCUGUAUUUAUUAUGCGUUCAUCUCCUUACCUGAUGCCAACUCAUACAUGCUGGAUUGUGUACAGAAUCUUUUGGGUUUCAGAUCUUGGAUUUUUGUUCACUCUGUGCUUGUUUGCUGCAUUUAGCGUUUUCUGGGUGAAAGUUCCCACUGCUGCUCAAGGAGGCAAAAUGCACCCCCUGCUUUCUUCUAGGUCAGGAGGAUUUCUUGGCUGGGUAAUUAGAAUGAUAACAAGUUAAAAUAUGUAAGUUGAAUUCUGUGUUUGCAGAAUGUUUUCAGGCCGUAUGUAUGAACUUGAACAAUGUUUCUUCUAAUGAAACAACUACGGUGCAUGUCAAUUCAGAAAUUGCCAUUGGCCCACUAGCAGCAUGGUCCCUUAGACCUUUUUCCUUCUCUUGUUCUAAAUGCCUUUCGUCUUGCUUGUGUAUUGCAUGUUCUUUCCUAAAUUUCCUGGACAAGGAUUUGGGAGAACCAGUUGGACAUAAAUGUGCAAACUGAGGUCAUGGAUGGGAACCUGGACUUCCAAAACACUUGAAGUAUGCUAGAGAAUAUACCAAACUUCUGUUUCUCAGUGUUUAACUUCAAAAGUGACUGUCAGCAUUUCGCAGCACGUUUUCCACUGAAGUUAACAGAUAGCUGAAUGAAAAAACAUUUAAAGUACCGCUUCUGUUCAGAGCACUUUUGGCAUUGAUCAGACCACAGCUGUCUCAUGUUCUUGCUCCCUUCAGAAAGUAUUGUCUGCUCUAUCUGUUGGAGGUGUCUCCACCUGCUGAUGAUUGUACUUAACUCUGCAGCAUACACAGAAGAGAUUCUGUUCUCUAUGUAAUGCUUCCACUUCGUCCUCUGUUACCUUCUAUGUUUCACUAUGUCUAGGUAGUGAUUUCUCCCUACUUUUCUUGUGUUCUUGAUCAUAUUACGCUUUUCUCUAAUUAUUCUAUUUGCAGCAUAUUUUGGAGUUCAUUUUUAGAAUAUAUACCUGCAUAGCAUGUGUCAAGGGACCGGUGACCUCACGGGUUCUUAAGUCCUUUAACAAUAGGAUAUAUUUGUAUGCAUACCAUUGUUUUUACUUUCCUCACUGGGUGGAGCUUUCAGACAGGACUGUUAAAGCUUUUAAAAUUCAUUUUGAAUAUGGAAGUGCACUUAGAACUGUUUUUACUGUUUUUGCAGUGGUUUUAAUUGUUUUGCGGUGUUUACCUCUGUUUUAUAAAUCAGUAGCUGAGGGACAGAUUUGGUAGCAAGGCUAUAUGGUGGUAUUUUAUAUUUAAUUAUGUGUUAAAAUGUUAAAUCGUCAUAACAUGUACAAAACAAAAAUGGAAUGGCUCAGUCUAAAUGCAGAUUGACAAAUACAGUUCUAUUACAGACAUACUGCCUAUCUCUGAUCCCCUAAUACCUGCUUAUUCUUGGGGAGAGAUCCAAAUUGGAUUUACAUUUCGCAGCCCAAGCAAACUGUCAGAUCUGUCCAUGCAAAUCCCUCUCAAAACGUUUUUGUUGUUGUUGUUAGUGGUACAUUUUAGAGCUGUUUAGAUCAAGAAAAGCCCUUUUAUCUUGCUAAAGGAGUACAGGGGUCAGUUUGGAUUAUGAGACAGGCUGUGAGGGUUUUGUGGAGAGAGGAGUAUUCCUGUUUUAAAGUAGUUACUGGAUUGUCUUAUUUUUUACUUGAAGCACUUGGUUCGGUGGUGCUUGGGAGUUAGUGGAAGAGAUCUCAGCCCUGGAAGGGCCAAUAGUCUGGAACUGAAAAGUAGUCUCUGGUCUAUCUAGGACUUGUAAGCACGUUAAAGGCAAAGAUGGUCACCUUCUUGUGACGGUGUGCAGAUAAAUGUUAGUUUUGGGAACCUUGUAACCUAACCUGCAGGCAGUUUCAAUGACAAGGAGUGGUCUUCCUAAAAGAGCGUUUGUGCAAUUCAGAGGCUUUUAUCUCAAGAAGGAUCUUCCAAAACUUCACUUGAUUUGAGUCUAUUCCCCAGACACAGUCCUGUUUCAAUUUAGCUGAAAUUUUAAAUGGUGGUCUUUUGUGUUCCCCUUUUUAAAACAAUUCUAAUAUUGCAUGAUGUAUAAUGAGGAUUGUUUGGAGUAGUUCUGCUUUUUCUGUAAUCUAAGGACAAUUCUAAAACUUUUAUGAGAGUUGUUGUGAGGUUUUAGGGAAUUAACGGCCCUUCUCUCACUCUUGGGAGAGACACCAGAAUUGACAUGAUUUUUCUCUGGGGGCACUACGAGAUAAAUUAUCAUCAGAUUUUCCUAUUGAGGUCAAUAGCGCUGUUCAUCUGGUUAAGCCCUUAGUUAGACUGUAAGCUCCCUAGGAGGUCUUACUUGCCUUUAAAGGUUGAAUGUAUCUGUGGCACUACUGAAGAGCAACUGUAGCAGGCCUUGUCUUGAUAAAUAGUGUUUCCUGCAACUGGAACUUCCUGAAAGUGAGGGGAGACUCAAAUUCUUGCAGCUGCCCUGUCUUUAGCAUUUCUAUGUUAGACUCCAUUUGUAGGUCAAUCAGGCUCUUGAUCAAAUUUGAUUCUCCUGGCUGGCAAACAACCUAAAUGAAUCACAUGUCAUGUUCUAUCUUAUUACUGCAGGGUGUUUAUCUAAAUUCAUUGUCAUACUUCAGUACCUUGAUUCAGAUUUCAGUAUUUGCAGCAUUCUUAGAUGAAUGAAGUAGGCUUGUUGUUUUGCAAUGCUCACUUGUAUUCCACUUCUUGUCCACCAGGACUCCCCAGUUAUUUCCAGAUCUGUCUUCCUCUCCAGUUGAUCUUCAGUCAGUGUCUUACACAGGGCUAGUCUGUCCCAGAUGCAAGAAUCUUUACCUGCCUUUGGGUGAGAUUCAGGAGGUUUUUGUCUGCUUACUCACUCAAUCUGUCAAGGUUCUUCUGGGUGGUACCCCCCACCCUCUUGCAUGUCAGCAACUCUGCAGUAUUCCUGUUUUUCUGUUAUCAUUGAGAGUAUGUUCUGUCUCUUUCUCCAUAUCACUCAUGAAAACACAGAAUACCAUCAACCUCAGUAUUAUUUUCUGAGGCACGCUUUUCAUAACUUGCUACCAUGUAGACUUCAAACCAUUGGUCAUUCUUCAAGUCUGAGAGGUCAACCAGUUCCUCACCAACCUUCCUACUGGGCUGCACCCAGAGCUCCCCAACACAGCUUGUAAGGAUGCUAUGAGAAACUACAUCAAGAGGUUUGCUGAAGUCAAUGUAAGCAGCAUCCACUGCCCUCCACUGGCAUUUCAUUCUAGAAGGCAGUCAGAUUCAUACCUCAUUACAUCUGACUGCCUCUCCUAGCCACCUUCUUGUCCUUUGAAUGCUUGAAAAUGACUUGCAGAACUUGCUCAUUAAACUUAGGAGGGGCAGAGGUAAGGCUCACUAGCCUAUCGUUCCCAGGUCCUCCUCGUUGUAUUUUUAUAAAGUGGCAUAAUGUAUUCUCCUUCCUACGACUGUCACUGGGGACAUCAUGCAGUUGCUACAGGUUUGCAAAGUGAUAAAGACCAGCUCAUAAUGACAUUCUUAUGCAAAGAGGGCUUUAUUUAUGUUCAAGAUUGUGUACAUGUAGUAGAAGAGAAAGCCUGAGCUGGGAGGAGAACAUUUAGUCGUUAUUCUUUGCACAUUUCUUGUAGCUCCAGUGAGCUUUAGCGAGGCUUAAGUUCCAGUUUGGUAGAUACUGGAGGAGUGCAAAUUAAAGAAUGAAUUGAUGAUUUUAAGGUAAGGUAUAGUAAAGAGUGAAGGAGGCAGGAAAAAGGUAGUUGGAGAGAAACUCAUAAGAGGCUGGGACUAGUGCUACUGAAUGAUAGAUUAGCUUCAUGAUUGUACUAUGCAGAGGUGUGUCUUGCCAGCAUUCCUGAAUAAUGAUAUUGAGAUGCUUAGUGCUGCCCUUCAAACUGUAGAAGCUCUCUCUGUUACUUGGAGGAUGUUGCAGACAGCUGCUCAGUGGGCAGAGAAUGAGAAAGAAAUCAGUGAAGAACAGUCGUUGAGAAUCUUCUUUAUUGUAAUUGCCCUCUGCACUGAAUAAAGAAGAUGCUUCAAUGUAUAUGCCUUGAAACUGAAAAGGAAUUAUGUCAAGCAGAUAAGGACUUUGCUUUGAUGUCUUCAGGAACAGUUUCUUAGCCAGAGAGCAUCUCAGUGAAGCAACAGUAAAGCCUGCUACGUGUCAUUUGUUGAGAAAAUGUGUUUUAUUAGCCCUUUAUAGGAGACUAUCAAGGGAGAACAAACUUCUGUUCUCACUGUGAUACUGUAUUGUUGUAUCUUUGUCUCCUGCAUUCUAAUCCUGUUUGUGUUUGCACUGAGGCAUUCUGUUUUUGUACUACAAAUUACAGGAAAAAUAUGAUGAUGCUUCUUAGAGCAAAAAACAUAAGGGACUACUUGCUAUAAAGAAAGCAGAAUUAUCAGAGGCCAUUAAUUUUUACCAGUACAAGAAUAGAAUUCAGCAGAGAGAGAGAACAGUGUGUCUUAACUACACCAAAGCAUCUUGUUCUUUAAGGAAGUGAACUGUGUCACAGGCAUAUGAGACUGAACUGUCACUAAAGCCUGGGUACCCAUGCAUGUCUAGCCCUCAGUCAGGUGACAUACCAACUUGUGGAGACAAAAUGCACUUCCCAGCUUUGAUGGGGGUAAAAUUCCAUCUCAAGUGCAAGCAUGGCUGUUAGUGUGAUUCCAGUGUGCUGAGAAUAACGUGUCAGCUGGCAUACCUGGAAAAGAGACUUCUUGUACCAACUCAAAGAGCUGGUAAAAUUGGAAGAUGGACUGAUACAUUCUGUUACAUCGAAGAAAGAUGCAAUAUAUGUAUAUAUACCUGCAAACAAUAAUCACAAAAUGUAUUGCUGACCCCUGCAUGUGUGAUCCGGUGUAUUCAUUGUCUUAAAGCAGAGCUGCCAGUGUUAUGAGGAUGCUGAGGGUUUUGCAGAGCUGUUCUGUUUUAAUUGUAAUCUCUGAAGAAAAUGGGAUGAAGAGCAUAAAACAAGCACUAGGUCAGGUCAAAGGUCUGCCUAGCUUGGUAUUCUGUUUCUCACAGUGCCCAACUUUGUACACGUAGAGGUUACUUAAUAACAAAUGAGUUGUAUGGUGAUGCCUCGCUUUUACAUUCUGUUAGCCCCAGUGUCUGGUCUCAAAAAGAUAGAAAGUUUCUUCAAGACUGAAGAAAACUUUUGUGAGCCUUUUAGCAAUAGUGCUUUUCCUGCAACUGGGUUUAAUUAUAUUUGUAGAAGGACAUGUAGUCUGACUUCAGAAACGUCAAGGAUUAGCUCAUUUUCCUUGGUAGUCAUUUCUUCUUGCUAACUGCCCCCUCAGUUAGGAAGUUGCAUCUUUUCUUGGAAUAGUGCUUUUCCCUAAGUAUCGGCAUCCUGACACUUUUUCUUGCUAGGAUUUUUUCAGCAAGGUUGAAAAGUCCUAUUCUUCCUUUACAACCAGCUUCUUUGUUGUGUACAACUAUCUGUUGACAGUCAACAAGUGCUUGUAAUCCAUUAACCCACCUAAGUCACUUUUCAUAAGCUUCACAGUGUAAAACUUGUCAUUCAGCCUUUUAGCUCCUUUCCUCCAUGAACAUCUCCGGUAUUCCAUAUUCAUCUGCACUGCGUUCUAGUGUAUUCUUUACAAAAGCAGGAAAUCUUGCUUCCCUGUUGCUAUUCACGCUUCAUAUAUUUGUAUAGCCAAAUAUCAUAGUCCUUGCUGCCCAAAUAGUGCCGUAACUUCAAUAAAAGUCAUAUUCAUGCAGCUGAGCCUGAAUCUGAACUUCUUAUAUCCGCUAUUCAACACACAAGCUACUAUAAAGUAAGAAUAAUCUUCAUUUUUUUUUUUAAUUCCAAAAUGCAUUGUGUUUCCUUUAGCUGUAUUACAGUGCAGUAUUGGAUGAAAUGUUCUUAUAAGUCAGUAUACUUGAGAGCUUAGUCUGUUUGGUUUGCCUCUGUAAUGCCUGGUAACUUUCACUGUCAUACUAAAAGCAAGAUGGAAGGUUCCUUCUCAUGGAGGAGCCAUGCCUCACUCAUCUGAGAGAAGAUGGUGUGUCUGCUCUGGCCUGACCUGAGAGCCCCCACGCACUGGUGAAGCCUUUGAAUUUUCUUUCAAAGUCAAAGGCAACACCAGACAGCUAGCCCAAAGCACCACCAGUUUCAUUUUAGCUUCCUUCUGUCCCAGACAGCUUACUCAGAGGUAGUUCACAAACAGCUGUGCUCUAAAGAGCCACGUAGUAUAUGUCACAGCUGUUUUAUGUGGUCAUAAGGUUUAACUGUUCAGUAAGUAUUGGAUUCUGGAUUCUUAGGAGUCUGUUUUGGGGGUAAUGUAAAUAAGAUUCUUGUUUGUAUUCUUUUGUCUUAAACAUGUAUUAUCCGAAAAAGGGCCUUGCAGAAUCUCUGUUCUGAUUACAGAAACUGGAAAUAAAUCAAUAUAUGAAAGA